AUGGACGUCGAUGCAGACGUGGACAUGAACGCGAGCGGGCCGUCUUCGGGUCCUUCGACAUCUGCGAUGGACCUUCAUCGUGUCCGCUUCGUCGACUGGGCGCCGUCACGCAUCACUGCCAUGGCCUUUUCUCCCCCCUCGCCCUUGAAGCCCGCCGAACGAAGCGUCCUUGCCGUGGGGAGAGAAAAUGGCAACAUCGACCUGUGCGUGUGGACAGAGGACAGCCAAGAUCAAGCGCCAGCGUCGUUAGCAAAAGGGUGGCUCGUCGACACCACGCUUGUCGGCAACGGCGACUCCAAGAUUGACUCGAUCGCCUUCGUCCUUUGCCCGACUCAACCCCGCCCGACUUUGCGUCUUUUUUCGACGUCUGGAGGGCCGCUGUUGACGGAGCACUUUCUCCCACCUCAUCUUUCAUCUUGGCCUUCCUCCGAUAACUCUCCCGGCUUCGUCACUGCCGCAAUGGCUGCCCAAUCUUCCAAGGCGCUGGCGUUGGCAGGGACAACGAGGACGUUGCCUUCGAAUGGAGGCUCAAUCUGGGCGCUAGCACCCUCGCCCUUGGGAAAGAAAUUGGCCAUUGCGUGCCAAGACGGCCAUGUCCGUAUCGUCGACAUCGAAGAUGGCCGCUUCGAGCACUACAUCGUCAGUCGGAGAAUUGCCAGCCAAGGCGGUCACAGGGGCAUCGGUGUUCAUAUGCUCGAUAGAGUUAAGUAUCGGGUCGUCAGCCUCGCUUGGGGCCCACCAAGAAGGACAACACCCAAGCAGACCAAGACAAACAGGGCGAUCGACUCAGAUACAGACUCGGACUCGGACUCGGAUUCGGACUCCGACGACGACGAAGAACUAUGGCAAGACUCGUUUCUGGUAGGAGGGACAGCAUCGUCGUGCGGCCUGGUGUGGGAUCUGGCAACCGGACGCAUGGUGGAUAAGGUGCUCGUCGACAGAUCACGCUUCGAGCAGACAAUCGUCUGGUCCGUCUUAGCCCUUGGCGACGGAACGCUGGUCUUUGGCGAUUCGAUGGGCAACGUCACCUUUUUCGAAGCAAAGACGAGGACAGCUAUUUCUGGCGGCCAGUUCUCGGGCCACAAGCGCAGUGCCGAUGUUCUCACCCUCUGUGCAGGGCCAGAUGGCAAGAGCGUCUACAGUGGCUCAGUGGACCAAAACGUCGUCGAGUAUGCCCUUGUAGAGGGCGACUCGCAACGAGCCCGAUGGAUCCAGACCGGGUCGAGACGUCUACAUGCGCACGAUGUCAAGGCGCUCGCAAUCGACCCUCCCUUUAGCCCUCUUGUUGGGGGAUCGGAUCGGCUUCCCAUUCUUGUCAGCGGCGGUGUCGACUUUCACCUCGUCCUCACCCCCGCUGCCUCACCGUCUCAGACUUACAAUCCGAUCAGCAACAGUCCGAUUACUUCAUUUGCAGAGACAGUACAACGGAGAAUCGCGUACGUGCCACCUACUUCAAAGGGUGGCGCGUUAGGAGGAGGCGGUGCGAUCUCAGUCUGCGAAGGAAAGCGCUGGAUUCUUCUUCGUAGAGAGACAAGCGAUGCGCCGACCGGCGAUCAGUGGGUCAAGCUGCUGGAAAUGGACCUGAAAGUCAAGACAAACCUCGUGGCCCUGGCGAUCUCGCCCGACGGACGAUUUCUGGCCGUCAGCGACCUGUACGAGACCAAGCUCUUCUCUUUGCAGACAGUGGGCGACGGGAUCCUACCCCGUCGAGUCAGCGCCUUCUCCAAGGCGUUUGGCGAAGGAGCUGGCGGCGCGCCUGGCUCGAGCGCAAUGACGUUCACGCCAGACAGCAGUCGCCUGGUCCUGGCUACAUACCCUGGCUCAUACGUCCACGUCGUGGAGCUACCCACGGAAGAUACGGCACCCCGCUGCCGGAUCGUUGCUAGCUUCUCACAGCAUCGGAGCCGCGAGGCCGGCCGGGCCGUCGCAGGCAAAAAGCUCACAAAUGGCCAUGCUCAUUCGAAUGGCCACGCCAACGGAGUCGACUCGGACUCCGAGAGUGGAUCCGAGGCUGAAGAGGAGACGGAACCAGAAACAAGGCAGAGGACACAGUUUGCUCGGCUUGAUCUCGUCCAAGUCUCGCCCGACGGACAAUACCUUGUGUCGGUCGACACUUCGAGACGUAUCCACGUCUUUUCCCUCGACACGCUCCGUCACCACGGCGCGCUGCCUUCGCCUCCUACCGUGCCGAGCUGCAUCACCUUUGAUCCGGCCAGACCCUCAAGGAUGCUUCUUGUACUGCCGACGAACAAGACGCAGCUCGUCGACGUCGAGUCGCCCCUGCAGCAAGACGCGCUCGGCUUUGAGAUGCCGCUGCACAAACGAUUGGCUGGCGUGCGUGAUCACGCAGUCGGAGCAAUCUGGCUCGCAAAGACUGCCGCUCGACCCGAGACAAUUCUGACCUGGGGACCUGCAUGGCUCUGCGCCGUCAAGAAGGGAUCAUCGGCAUCCCUUGCUACACCCUCCUCCAAGAGGGCGAGAGAUGGAAACAGUCAAGGGUCGGCCGAGUCGGCCCUGGCGUCGUGGUCGUGCAACAUGACGUUUGACUACCAGUCAAUCCUUCACGUCGGCUUACUUCUUUCCAAAAAGCAAGACGGUGCCGAAGAAGAGCUCCUCGUGGUGGAGAGGCCCAGCUUCGACCUUGCCCACCUGCAGCCCCCCGUCUUCCAUCGUGGCGCAAAGUACGGCCACUAA